AUGCACAAUCUCAUUAACGUUUCGUUUCAUUUACUCUACAAACAGGAGUCGGGGCGCGGAACAACUCAGAAAAACGGUCAUGGCCACUACCAGCACAUCAAAGACCAGCUAGAGGACGACGUCCCACAAGUCAGUUGCAACUAUUUCAGCAAGUCCUCUACGUACAGCAGUCAGUGCCCCAGAUUCUGGAACGUAUUUGAGCCAGCCAAAAUCGGUCCUACAGCAGCAAUCGUCAAAUUGACUUUUCAAGUCAGGCGUUUAACCUUCAACAGCUUCACCAACGCACAUCACGUCAUCUACAAGGAGGCCCUGGCCUCCGCCCCGCUGCGGCUCGUUGGACAAGACCAGAGAUUGGCUGAGAACCUCGAAACGGCCAUUACUAGCGCCGGUGCCGUGCUAUCGGCUUCUGACGGGUUGGGUUACACUUCAUCCGACCUGUUCGUCAAGCUCUUCCCAGGACUCCCCAAGUACGGGCGGUGA